AAAUUAUCCAUGGUCUGCUGGUUGUCUUCUUCUAUGCCUAUAAAACCGCACAGAGUCGAGAUUGGAUCUGUUCACGGUGGUCCAGAGGCGAAAACCAUGGCGAUCGCCCUCCGCUUCCUCUCCGUCGCCACCUUCCUCUUCCUGCUGACCUCCUCGGCCGUUGCGUCCGCUGGAGUUCACGAUCUCCUCAAGAAGUUCGGCCUCCCCAAGGGCCUCCUUCCCCAUUCGGCCAAGAACUACUCCCUCGCCCAGGACGGUUCCUUCGUGGUCCGGUUCAAGCACCCAUGCUAUGUCAUGUUCACCGACGACCUCGUCUACUACGAAGAUACAAUUACCGGGCAUAUCUCGUACGGCUCCCUCUCCGGGAUCAAAGGCAUCCAGGUCGAGAAGCUCUUCGUCUGGCUCCCCAUCUCCAGCUUCAUUGCCGUCGCCGACGCGGACUCGAAAGCCAUCCAGGUCAACAUGGGCUUCCUCACCGAGACCAUCCCGUGGAAGAAGUUCAAGGAGAUCCGCGAUUGCCGGAAGAAGCGGCUGCAGAUGGCCUCCAACCGCCGCAACGCCGAUCUCUUAUCUGACGAACUGUUUGCAGCUGCUGAGGUUUAAACUGGAAGCAAUUUGGAGGUCUUAUGCUGCAGCUUAAUUUUCCAUUAUGUGUGUGCAAUAAUAAUAAUCUAGCAAUAUCUUCGGUAUAAAUGCAUCGUCCAGCUGCGUCAGUCAGGGCCCUGCGAGCUCAUUCCAUUGCCUUGGGUUCAUGGCUCUCACAGUCUGUCACAAAUGAAGGGAGACCCUAUUUAUAUCUAUUUGGUAAAAGACGAAAUCUGAACAACUGUUUCGUAGUCUUUGUGAGGAUUUGACUUUUACUGUCAUGUGAUAAAUAACUCUCGGUAGUCCUAUUUA